GCUAGGCUCUGCUUGUAGAUCCCAGAUUUCCUGUCUGCCUGGUUCCAUCAUAAAAACGUCCUUCCACUCGGGACAGAGGAAAUCUUUCUUUAAAAUGCUCCUCGUCCCAGAGGCCGCCGGCUACUGCGAGAGCAGAAGGGGGGUUGACCGUAGCCUGUCCUAUCCUCCCUGCCUUGCCUGUCUCUUGGGCUUUGCUGGGUUAAUCUCAUCUUUUAGUUUCGCUGCUGCUCGCUAGCUUGUGACCGGGGUGAGGAGUAACGACGGGGCAGCAGAGCUCUCCGGGUUGCCUUGGGAAGGAGCGGCGCCGCUGUCCUCUCUGCGAGGAGGCCUGUCGUAACAGUCACGAGGGCGAAACUCUCGGUUCUGCAGUGGAGUGUGGCAGCCUGCGCGGGGAGGGUGGGGGUGGCUGGCAGGAUGAGCGAGGCUAUAAAGGGAGUGUUUUUCUUAGCCUUUAUCUCUGCUGACUGUCUUGCACCAGUGCAAAUCCUUACUGUAGAUGUGCUGUACCAUUGUAAAAAGCGACUUUCACCACUACUCUGUGCUUCCAGUUUCAGAACGUGCUUUGAAGGCAAACGCUUGGAGGUGGGGAGGGGGUGCAGGUGCAGACAGCAUACUCUGAGCUGGUGUUUGUCGGGGGUGUUCAGGGCAUUAUUCCAUUUUCUGCCCCUCAUUCUCCCCAUACUUGCAAAGAUUAGCAGUACCUGCUUCUAUCACCCUAAUAUGACCUAGCAUAGCUGUUGACUUGUUUGGGGUUUUUUUGUUUGUGUUUUUUCCCUUGUCUUUAUGUGUACUGACUUGCAUCUCUUUCCCCCUGCAGAUAGACUUUAUUUUUUCCCUUCUUGCUGUUUUUCUUCUGACUGUCCUGCACCUUGGAAGGUUUCCAGCUGGUCUUGGUGGAUGGGCUGUCCACCGGUGGCUCUGCAGAUCCUAGCCACAUGUGUUCUCCUGGCUGAGCCCUGGGGACACGCAGGAGAGAAGCUCGAUGCAGGCAGCCUGCAAAUGCUGCCUUGUUUAUGAGAGCUGCUUGUUGGUGCAGACUGCAGUCUGGGGGGAGCUGGGAAAGUUUGUCUUGCGUAAAGCACCAGAGCCAACAAAAGACUGUAGGAGUUUGGCUGUAAUCGAUAAAACGUGGGUUUUGUAGAAGCAAGGGUCAGGGUCCUUCCUUAGUUCACCUUGUUCUUUAAAUAUCCCAGCAGUUACUGGAGGCUGCUGUGGUGCUUGGACACAGUGAAGUCCGGCAUGGUCUUCAGUCCUCAGAGAGUCUCUGCUUUCUCUAUUUGCAUGCAGAUCCUCUUGCUCCCCUCUUCGGGAAGGCUUACAGACUUUGGGGGACCGUUUCCUUGCGCAGGGACAGACGCAUGAAAUGCCUUGCUUCGAGGCGGCGUAAAAUGGCAACCCGCAUCUGUUUGUCUGGAAGCUAUCCUUGCGCGCUGUGCGCUGUGGCUCUUGAACUCCUCUGCCUUAAUGGGUCAAAUUUAGCAAUUCAAAAUCUGGCUUCUGAGUUCUCAUGCCCUUGGCUUAAGAAAACGUAUUAAUUGUGAGUUAAAACAUUUUGAAGAAGAGCUUGUAAGGCUCGCCUAAGACACUGCGCCUGGCUGCGGAAGGAAGGAGCCCGCUCAGGGGCGGCAAAUGGGUAGGAAGGGAACAACGGCUGCGGUAAUGCCAGCAGCACCUCGCUUGUGGGCUGAAUGUGCAGUUUUCUGCCUCGACACCUGAGCUGAACAGUGCCUGAAGCAGGUCCACCAUGCCGUUAGUAACGAGGAACAUUGAGCCAAGGCACCUGUGCCGUCAGACGUUGCCUAGCGUUCGAAGCGAGCUGGAAUGCAUGACCAACAUCACCCUGGCAAAUGUCAUUCGACAGCUGGGCAGCCUGAGUAAAUUUGCAGAGGACAUAUUUGGAGAGUUGUUUACUCAAGCCAACACCUUUGCCUCUCGGGUGAGCGUUCUCGUCGAGAGAGUUGACCGCUUGCAAGUCAAAGUCACUCAGCUGGAUCCCAAAGAGGAAGAAGUCUCCCUGCAAGGCAUUAACACCAGAAAGGCCUUCAAAAGCUCCACUACACAGGACCAGAAGCUCUUUGACAGAGAUUCUCUCCCAGUGCCUGUCCUUGAAACCUAUGGGACCUGCAAUACUCCUCCACCUCUCAACAUCCUUUCCCCUUACAGGGAUGAUGGCAAAGAAGCACUUAAAUUCUACACGGAUCCUUCAUAUUUCUUUGACCUUUGGAAAGAGAAAAUGCUUCAGGACACCAAGGAUAUUAUGAAAGAGAAGCGGAAACAUAGGAAAGAGAAAAAGGAGAAUCCUAACCGAGGAAAUGUGAACCCACGGAAAAUCAAAACUCGGAAAGAAGAGUGGGAGAAGCUGAAAAUGGGGCAAGAAUUUGUCGAGUCAAAGGACAAACACGGUCCUGCCGGGUACCCCUCUAACAUGGUAUAUCAGAACGGCAGCAUCGGCUCAAACGAAAGCAUGGACGUGAACUGCUACCCGCCACCGCCGCAGACUGACUCUAUUGUGCCACCACCUCCUUCGUUCCCAGAUGACAGCCUGCCUCCACCCCCGGUGGAAUUUAGCUAUCCAGUAGAUAACCAAAGAGGUUCUGGCUCUGGAGGGACCAAAAGAUCCAGCCUGGUUAGCCCGAGUCACCCGCCACCAGCUCCUCCGAUCGGAUCUCCCUCUGGGGCCAGACCAGGCUUUGCUCCCCCUCCAGCACCACCUCCAUUGGAUGGCCCCCCAGCCCCUCCUCUACCCUCAGAUACCUCCACCUCCAAGCCCAAGUCGUCCCUGCCUGCAGUUAGUGAUGCCAGGAGUGAUUUGCUGUCAGCUAUUCGUCAAGGCUUCCAGCUCCGCAAGGUGGAGGAGCAGCGGGAACAGGAGAAGCGGGACGUUGUGGGCAAUGAUGUGGCAACGAUUCUGUCACGCCGCAUCGCUGUAGAAUACAGCGACUCUGAGGACGACUCUUCAGAGUUCGAUGAGGACGAUUGGUCGGAUUAACCACGGUCCCAUCCUCCCCCCCCUUCCCUCCUGGGUUAACAACAUCUUAAAGAAUCAGGUGGCCAAACCUUCCACGUCUUCCUUUUUCAUCCUGUAACCAAAGGUGUGCCAAGGGUUUUCAGACAAGCACCAGCAUAUCUCCCCUCUCCCUUCCCCUCCAGCUUUGGCAAGACUGUGUGCUCUACCUUUCCGAAAAGUUUCCUCAUGGACACUGAGGAUGAUGGUGCUAAGUUUUAGCUGGAGGGCAUGUAACGGUUGCUUAUUUAAAAGAGAGAUAAACCUACAGGAUCUUAAUGCCAUCAGGGAGAGCACAAAAAAACCCUCCAUCCUGAGGGUUUUUUAAGGUAAACAUGGAUGAUCCUGUUGUGGCCACAUGGCCUUUCAGAUGAAGGACAUUUUCAGCUAGUUUUCUCAUUGCUACAGCAUACAGUAGAUCUAAUUGGCUCUUCUGUCCCAGUGAAUGCUGGUAGUGCUGCAAGAAAAUGGGCUUUAAAUGUCUGUUCUCUGCUGCAUCCCACUGUUAAACGAUCAGUUUUCAGCAGUCGUGCACAAUUCUCUUCCCCCUUGGCUCCCCCGUAUUCCCAGACUACCCUGUGUGGGAUGCAGUUCCUAGCUCUGGGACUAGAACACACAUUGGGUGCAAUGUGAGGAGUGGCUUUUAAAAGCUGCCUUUGCCUUCCUUAAAUCUCCUGGACUGCUUCUCCAAGUCUGCCAAAGGGGACUUGGACAAAGGGGUGCGAAGCCCGGGCAGAACAGCUGCUUCUGGGUGAGCUGAGCCCAGCUGGGAGCUCUCUGUGUGGUCAGUGCUGAGCAGUGGCAAAACUUGGCUUAGCUAAUUUCUCCAAUCCAUGCUGGGAGGUUUGUUUUUUUUUUUUAAAAAAAA